CUUUUCUCUGUCCCAUCGUCCUCCGCACCAGGAAACCCCCUUCGAUCCUCUUAGUUUCAAAUUUUCAGAGGCUACUGGUCCUUUCCGGCAACUGCUCCCUUCUGUGGUGUUCACGAUCCUCGAACUGCGCGUGGUGAAAGCGCGUCAAAACAAAGGCUUCACGCAUCUCUCGACACUCCUGCACAAAGCAUUGUUUUCGCCGGUAUAAAAGAAUAUAUCGCCGAGCCCUAAUACCUCCCCACUUCCGUCAACCCACCAAACUACACCUGUACCAUACUAUUAGCAUGUCGGGGUUUAACUUUGGCAAUCCGAAUCCCAAUCCAGAAAAGAGAACGGGCACGCUGUUCGGCAGCACCAUCGGUCCACCGGGCGGUCUCUUCGCCCAAAGUCAGCAGAACGCUGCUUCCCAACCCGCCCCCAGUCUCUUCAGCUCAACUGCGGCUCCACAGGCCGGCGCUGGCCAAUUUCCAAUGUCGCAGCAAAAUCCCGGCUUGUUCGGUGCGUCUCAGCAGCAGCAGCAGCAGCAGCAGCAGCACCACAUGUCGAAUAAUAGUAUCUUUGGGGGGAAGUUGCAGCCCGCCCCCAUGCUCCCAACCCUGCAGCAGCAACAGCUUCAGCAGCAACAGCAAGGACUGCCUCAGCUGAGGCAAUCUAGCGCUUCGCCCUGGCCAAAUACUUCGAUCAGCGGCCAUAGAGAAAAGUCGGUUCAGGACCAAAUAACUACUCUCUUCACCAAGUGGAACCCGGCUAGCCAAGACUGCGCGUUCGGCCACUACUUCUACAACCAAGUCAAGCCUGAUGAAGCCCCUUUCUACGGACCUCAGCAAUUCGAAGACGAGAAGAAGUGGGAGGAGGCGCUGUCGAAGAAACCGAGCCCUGGCUCCAUUCCCGUCCUGGCACGAGGAUUCGAGGAAAUUGCGGCCCGCAUCCAAAUGCAGCAUCUGGCAGUUAAUGGGCUCCAGUCACGUCUGCACGAGAUCAACAGCAGUUUGUCUUUGAUGAAGGAUAUGCAUGAGCUGAACGUGGCCUCACGAAUCACCGAAGCGAAGCGGAAACACAUUGUUUUCACCCAGCGAACUUUGGCGUUAGCGACCAAGGUGCAGCUUCUGCGCAACCGAGGAUACGUCAUGGACCAGGCGGAAGAAGAGCUCAAGAAGAAGCUCAUCGAUUUGGAGAAGAAAACCUUUGAUCCAGUGCUUGGCGGGCGGCAGGAAGAGAUCUGGGCGCGGAUGUCCGGAGUCCGGGAGCGCGCUCGAAUGUUGCAAGAAGAGACGGAGAAGCUGGGGAAAACGGUUGACAGCCAACAGAACGGUGAAGUGCUGUCCGAGGAAGACCAAAAGGCUUUGGAGAAGCUACUGAAAGACUACGACAAGCAGCUGGAGCACCUGAAGAAGUGGGUGGAUGACACGAAGCAAGAGUACGACGAGUGGGAGAAGGAGAAGAAGCCGACGAACAUUGGCAGGUGA